UAAUCUAAUAGAGCAGAGGGGACAGAAAAUCAUAGGUAAACAUGUCAGGGGGAUUAGUAGGGGGUGUAUAUAAGAAGACACCAGGGCAGAGACCAGAAAGACACAAACUGACCAGAGAGACAUCAGCCAGAAGCCAACUACAAAAACCAGUGUAAAAGAUGGCAGACGCAGGUGUUGCAGUUCCCGCCGACAAGAAGGCACCUCCCAAGUUCAAGCAGAGGGCUGCUCGUACCUUCAAGAGCAAGGCCCCAAAACCAGGCCAGAAAGGAUUCGGAGACGACAUCCCCGGCAUGGAGGGUCUCGGCACAGACAUCACAGUGGUUUGCCCAUGGGAAGCCUACGGGGACCUGGAGCUCGGCGACCUGGCGAAAUAUGGAAUCGUCUAGAAGACCCGCAGCAUUUUCACCACAGAAACUUUACCUUCCUGCACUGAUUUUCCGUCGCCCAUGUCCUCCCCUCUCGCCCUGUUCUCCUUCAUACCUGCCCUGAUGUCUGACGAUGUGUUCGGCCCACGUGGGCUUUGGGAAACAUUGCACAAAGAUUGACGCCCAAAAUGCGAUUUUAAAAAGCUACAUAUCACAAUUAUUUAUGAAUAUAUACAUAAACUUCACUGAGGUGUCCAUGCUUCUAGAAGUAACUCCAAACUUCCUCCCCCAUACUUUGCACCCGGCUUGUAUAUUUCUGAGAGACAGUGGACUAAAUCUGUUGUGUAAGCAGGUUGGAUCACUGUUUGCAGUAUAUCACCACUGAACCUUUGCUCCUCUAUCCUGCCUUUUCUACUCCAUGACCCCACUCCCCUUUGGAGCUAUUGCUUUUUAAUGUACAGCUGUUUAUGAUGUAUAUGAAUUUGUAUUUUUACGACCUCUGAAUGUAAAUUUGUCCACACUAUCAACAGGAUAGUGAGUAGAACCUUCAAUAAAUAUUUUUCCCCAAUGAAA